AUGUCCGCGAAGAGUAAUCGGGCUAGCAGCCUAGCGAAAUCUACCGGCGAGAUAUUUACCAGGAAAUGGCCGCGCCUUUUUUUCCUUGUUGCUACUAUACAAGCCGUUAUUGUAAUCGUCUUUGAGGCAUACGCCUUUGCCCAGUUUCAAACUGGCCUUAAACACCUGAGGACUGUACAAGACUGGGGUUCGCAAGAAAAUUUGGAAGAUGGCAUGGCUCAAAUAAGAACCAUCCCAACCUUCCUCGGCCUACUAAUCCUUGGCUUCCUGUACGAUGUAGUGUUAGCUUGGGAUGCAUUGCGCAUGAAGAACACCAUUCAAGUCAUCGGUCUUUGUGUCGCCAACCUUGCUCUUCUCAUCUACAGCGCCCUCCAAAUUGACCAGAUCCGCGUGGCCAUUACUAGACUAAAGCAGUAUAAUGCUUUCGAAGACCUCGACGUAUGGGAAGAAGUCCAAGGUGUUCUCAUUGCCAUGCCGUGCAUUAUUUCCCUCGCCAGCAUUGUUCUAAGUUUCCUUGCUUGGAAGCUUUACCAGGAAUUCGCCUGGGAUAUCCUGAAGCAUAUAGGAGCCGACUACAGGAUGAAGAAGCGAUUCCUGCACUACCAGGUCUACAUUGCCCUUCUAAAGUUCGAUUUCUUCUUCUUUGUCGGUUUCACUAUCCAAUUCCUAGUCGUGGUCGGAGGCAAGACAUCUACCGAAUUCGGUCUAACUGCUGCUGCCAUCCCUAUCACCAUCGCCAUUCUCCUCUGUGCGGCAUUAUUUACGCGACGGGAAUGGAAGAUAGGCAUGAUAGUCAUCAUGGUCCUCUAUCUCGGCGGUCUUACGUAUUUCAUCUACAAGCUUGAGCGAAUCUUCGAUCCUUACGAAUCCAAGUAUUACCUACCCGUUCGCAAAUCUUUGACGACAUUUGCAGUACUUACUAUCGUCUUAAUUAUCCUGACCAUCAUCAACGCUCUGGUCUGCAUGUUCAAUUUCGGUGCGGGUCUAAAGCAGCACCUCAAUGCUCCUCGAGAAGAGAUCGACAAGGACCAAGCUAGUUAUUCCAUGCACGAUGUCAAACAGCCGCAGCUACCGACCAGAAUGACGAUCGACUAGUCACGAGAUAGCAAAUAGGUGUACAAAGCGAUACGAUUAAACGACCUUUUAGUUUCGAGCAUUUUCUUUAUUUUUCAGAUAUCCCAAGUAUUAUAGUUUUCUCGUAAAACGAGGAAUGAUUUUUGCGAAUUUCGUUUGUCCUUUUCUGGCGUUUAAUCGGGUCGAAAUUAGGUCUCGACCCCCGACGGAGUUACGGGACAAACAUUCUCAAGUGUGUCGCGUCAGACUUGGUGGAAAUCUGGAUAGCAUUCACCCCGACAAGGAAGAGGUCAUUGUUGUACCGAUGCGUUAUUAGUAGACAGGUACUCGGGUGAUCAGGGAAUACCCCCAUCCCCAGUUCGAUCUUUUUCGCUGGGGGGUUCAGGUUGCAUGGUUCGCGGGUCUUCCGGUAGGGAUGAUGACAAACAUC